UGAAAUUAAGGCGAAGAUAAUAGGCCUAAGUUUAUUCUAAUUUACAUUUUAUUCAUCCCAAACUCCCAAGGUGCUAUGUGAUACUCUCCCCUCCCUUUCUCUGCAAAUUUGCGGGAGCAUACAAUUCCCAAAAUCCAGAAGCACAAAUUGCGAUUGCCCUAAAUAUUCAGAUUAUGGAGAUAGAUAAUGCAAAUAUUGAUUGCAAUCAGGAAGAAGAGUAUGUAUUGCUCGAUCUUGACGCGGUUUGUGGCCAAGUUGACAUUCCUCCAAAUGAACCAUACAUUUUAUCUGUAAGUUAUGGUUUGGAUACUCAGAAUCCAGUACUGACCAUUGGGAAUAAAUUGAAGCUGAUUGGAGAAUACGAAGAAACAGUCGGAACAUGCUUAAUCUUUUCAGAGGAUGAAAAGACAUCUUUAAUUCAUGAAGAAAUAGGACCUUCAGAAGCUAAGCGUUUCAAGAAUGAUCGUACAGCUGACCCGAAUUCGGGUUCAUCCAAGCAUAUAAAGCCUGUAACAUCCCUCCACAAGAUUCUAAAAUUUAGAGUGCAAACCGAAGUUGAUGAGAAAGAUUUGAUGGAGAAACCUCCUGAUCCUCCCGCACAAAAAAAUGAUCCAACUAAGAAGAAUUAAGGGGAAGGUUUUUCUUUGGAUCCCUUGUCUUGGUUGGGAAUAAUGACUUGUUCUAUGUAGUAAUGCUGGUAAUUCAGAGCUCUAGUUUGGUCAGGCACUCCAUAUGCUUUGAUACGGAUGCAUUAAGUAACCUAAUAUAACAUGUACAGGUAUGAUAGCUAAGAAUGCCCUCUAUAUUUUUUGGGUUGCCUAGUUUAACGACUGCAGAGCGUGCAUUCCUGAUGUUGUAAUUGCUGCCAAAAACGAUGAAUGAGAAUGACCUGUUCUCUCUUUUUACCUCAUUUUCAGGUAUCCGAUUAUGGUUUUGAACUAUGA